UCUCUUCAUCUGCAUUUAUGCUAUCUUGCAUGUUUUUCUUUUCCUGUUUCUGACCCCAGUAUGUAAAUAUAGACCAAAUAUGUUUUUGUUAAUUAAUUUUAUGUUAAUUCUUCGCAAGAGAGAGGUGGCAAGCUGUAUUUAUUUUGUAAAACUUUCGCUAGAUGUCGCUGCCAGCAAAAAUUCCCAUCUACAGAUGACCGAACAGUUGAGAUUGAACAUCAUUGUAAAGCCAGGAACUACAGCCAUAAAUUAUGGUUUUGGUUGGAUAACAAUUGUGAAUUUUUGCAUAAAUCUACUGCCAUUUUGAAGUGACAUUUUACUCAUAGAGUAGGCCCUAAAUGUCUCAGUUUGGCCAGUUUGAAAGUUCCCCAAACCCCUAUUAAAACGAGUGACAGCAGGAACCAACCAGUUAAGAUCAGCAAACAAUCUUAGUCGGAGUGGUGUGAUUUAUGGCACAUUUUAUGCGGCAUUUUAUCAUAAAAAUCUUUUGCUGGAAAAAAAGGUCUUAAAACUGACUUGGUGAUUUGGUUUUAGAGCACUUUUGAAGAGAUCAGGCUGGGACCAGCACCUGUUUAGACUGGUUUAAUCAGUUUUACCAGGGAUAUUUUCAUAAGAGGAUGCGUAAUUUGCAUAUUUAAAACUUGAAUGGAUAAUUCCGAAACACAUUAGAAAAUAUCGUUUUGUGUGUAUAGCCUAUAAAAUAUAUAUUGCACAUUUUAAUUAAGGAGAAGGGGCACAAUCGAGUGUGUUUACCUGUGGUACCUCCCCUUAAAGUCCACGUAACCGCUGAAAGAUUCUUCUGUAGCGCGUGAAGGGGAGGGACCGGCGCGCGAGAUGAGCGCGCUGUACUUUACUUUCCCUCAUUUUGCACAGCAGCUUGAGGAUGGAGCUCGAAUUCUUGUGUGGAGCAUAUGUCUUCUCGGUGCUCUGUGUUUGAUGACAAGCAGCGAAGCAACAAUUUGCCUGGAAUUAUUUUUCAUGUUCGUUAAAGCAGUGGAGGAGACCACAUGUCCCGGAGGAGUCUGUCACAGGAGUGCUGCUUACCUGCCGCACCAUCAGCUCCACUGUGUGGCUGUUCUAUUGAGACUGACACUUCAAUGAAUACAGAGAGAGGGUUUCAGCACUACCUCUAUUCCCAGCAUGUUCCAGAAGCCAUUAGGGAUACCAACACAAGUAUCUCCUGAAACAUGAGCGACAUCUACGAGUCUGCAGCCAAUUCUCUGGGCUUGUUCAACAGCCCCUGCCUGACCAAAGUAGAGCUGCGGGUCACCUGCAAAGGGAUUUCAGACAGGGAUGCCCUCAACAAACCUGAUCCCUGUGUGGUCAUCAAAAUGCAGUCCCAUGGCCAGUGGUUGGAGGUGGACAGGACAGAGGUGAUUCGGAGUUGUAUAAACCCCACAUUUUCUAAGGUCUUCACCCUGGACUUUUACUUCGAAGAGGUUCAGCGACUACGUUACGAGCUCUACGACAUCAGCAGCAGUCAUAAUGGCAUGAGAGAGGCGGACUGCCUGGGAGCCAUUGAGUGCACACUGGGCCAAAUCAUCUCCCAGAGAAAAUUCACCAAAGCCCUGCUUAAACAGGGCAACACAGUUGGGAAAUCGUCUAUUACGAUCACAGCUGAGGAGCUGACAGGAAAUAACGAUUAUGUCGAACUCUCAUUCAGUGCGAGGAAGCUGGAUGAUAAGGAUUUUUUCAGCAAGUCGGAUCCAUUUUUAGAGAUCUACAGGGUAAAUGAUGACAACACUCAGCAGCUAGUGCACAGAACAGAGACCGUCAUGAAUAACCUCAACCCCGUGUGGAACACCUUCAAGACAUCCCUUAACUCGCUCUGUAGUGGAGACCAUGAAAGAAUACUGAAGUGUACAGUGUGGGACUGGGACUCGAAUGGAAAGCACGAUUUUAUAGGGGAGUUUCAAGCUACGUUCAGAGAGAUGCGAUCAGCGAUGGAUGGAAGACAGGUCCAGUGGGAAUGCAUAAACCCCAAAUAUAAAGUCAAGAAGAAGAAUUACAAGAACUCUGGGAUUGUCAUUCUGAAUCAGUGCAAGAUAAUUAAGAUGCAUUCCUUUCUGGACUACAUCAUGGGAGGUUGCCAAAUACAGUUUACAGUAGCGAUUGAUUUCACAGCGUCUAAUGGGGAUCCGAAGAACAGUUGUUCGCUACACUACAUCCACCCCUACCAGCCUAACGAGUAUCUGAAAGCUUUAGUCGCAGUGGGGGAGAUUUGCCAAGACUAUGACAGUGACAAAAUGUUCCCGGCGUUUGGCUUUGGUGCUCGAAUACCUCCGGACUUCAAGGUGUCACAUGACUUUGCAGUAAACUUCAACGAGGACAACCCAGAAUGUGCAGGUAUCCAAGGUGUGGUAGAGGCCUACCAGAAUUGCCUUCCUAAGAUUCAGUUGUACGGUCCUACAAACAUUGCCCCGAUCAUCCAAAAAGUGGCCAACUUUGCCUCUGAGGAAAUGCACACCAAAGAGGCCAUGCAAUACUUCAUCCUGCUCAUCCUGACGGACGGUGUGAUCACAGAUAUGGCGGACACCAGAGAGGCAAUUGUCCACGCCUCUCACCUGCCCAUGUCUGUCAUAAUCGUGGGAGUUGGAAGUGCAGAUUUCACUGACAUGGAGAUGCUUGACGGUGAUGACGGAAUCCUUCGUUCACCUAAAGGAGAACCAGUGUUGCGUGACAUCGUACAGUUUGUGCCGUUCCGUAACUUCAAACAUGCCUCUCCUGCUGCUUUGGCAAAAAGUGUCUUAGCCGAAGUCCCAAACCAGGUGGUGGACUAUUACAACAGCAAGGGGAUCAAGCCCAAGUGCCCCAGCGAUUAUGAGUCUUCCAGGACGUUUGGUCACUGAAGCCCCGAGCUAUUGCUCAUUUCAAAAACUAGCACGUUUCUGUGAAUUUUAAACCUAAUUCCUGUUCUACUUUGUUUUGUUUGCAUGCGUAGCCUGUGUGGCUUGCAUAGGUGUUGCAAUGCUACCGUUUCUAUUAUGUACAUGUGUACAUGUACAGACUUAAGGCCCGUUCACACCAAGAACGAUAACUAUAAAGAUAAUGAUAACUAUAUGUGUGUCCACACCAACGAACGUUAGCGGCCUGUGUAUUCUAAGCUUCAAAGUGUGUACAUGUUUUUGCUGUUCUUGUUGCAUUUACACAGCUUUAACCAGCAGAUGUCCUCAGCAUGCUAUGUUUUGAGUGAAUAGCUAGUGUAAUCGAUCUGACCUAACAGUGAAUUUAGCUGACA